CUUCUUUUUUUUUCUUCUUGAUUGUUUUGAUAUCAUCUCUAUACUCAAACAAUGCACAGAUUAUUGAUGUUUUUAUUGUUUCUACUUGUCAUCAUGGCAACUACUUUAUCCGCAGCGACUCUUCCACCUAAUCGGUCGCUUCAUGAAAUGUGUAGUCAAAAUCUAGUAUGUGCAGAUUCAUUAUAUUGUCGUCGAUACAAUGGUGCUGAAUACGGAACCUGUGAAAUCCCGACUUGAAAUAAGGGAAAAAAUUUUUUUUUUAUAUCUUUUUGUUAUAUAUAUAUAUAUCCAUUACAGUUUAUUCGGUCAUCAUCAUCAUGUCUGAUUAUCCUAUCCAUAUGGACUUUUCCAAACAUUAUCAUGAUGAACCUCCGACUUUUUUUUUUCUUUUGAAGAUUUUAAAAAAAAAUAAAGACCCAAAAAAAGUAAAA